UCCUGUUUCAUUUGGGGUUGGGGCAAGGAAAGGAAACGGUGAAGGUGUUCCUGUUUUGUCGAGCGGGGAGGCGGCAUCGCGCGCGGCUAAUUAUUCUAUCAUUCGUAUAAGUAUGAGCAACCCACGCUGUGGAACUUGCAAGAAAUAGGAAAGGGAGGCGGCAACUCGUCAAAUUUUGCCAUGGCUGAGCGAGGAGUGGCUCUCGUUGUCUAUAAGAGGUAGCGGCGGCGGCGGCGGCGGCGGCGGCGAAGAUUGUGGCGGCUGUGUUGCGGCGGCGACGGGGACGAUUGCAGCGGCUGCGGCGGGCUGCGGCGGCUGUGGCGGCGUGCAGCGGAAGCGGAACACGGGGUUCGGGGUUGGAUAUAGAUGAAAUUGCAUUGAUUCAGAAUAUACGAAGAAGAAAUGGAGCGGCGGGAGGUGGGUCAUCGUCGAGAGAGACGGGUGAACGAGAGGACAUUGUUGUUAUAGCACGUGGAAGAAAAAGACGAUCCCUGUUGCCCGUGGUCGCACUUUUCGCGACCGGUCGCUGCGUCCGUGUUAUCGUAGUUUUGAAGAUUUCGUCGGCGGCGUUAAUUGAUCUUCCUGAGAGCGUUAAUUAGGCAAAAAAACGAAAUCAGACGUGGCUGUGUAUGUGUGUGUGUGUGUGUGUGAGAGAGAGAGAGAGAGAGAGAAGGGGGGGUUGGGGGGGGAGGGAGCUAAGCUGGAGAAGGGACGUGAGCGGAUCGCACGAGUUGUCGCGGCACUCGUGAUCGAGGGAAGGAGUUAAAGGAGGGAGAGGAGAAGGAGAGAGACCAAACAGUAGGAGAAGAUGGCGAUGCGUAGCUUGCUUGGGGUGGUGGUGCGGCGCACUCCGGUUUAUCGCGGUGGUGGUAGAAACACCGGCGGCUCCCAAUGGGGCAUGUUGAAUGCCGGGCCACCAUCUCCCGCUACGACGGUUCCUGUGCGUACGAGCUAUUACGAUCGGAUCGCUUAUGGCGGCGGCAUGAUGGAUCCUGUUGGCGUCGAUUUCUCCUCAUCAGUCCCUUGCUGCCAUUUCCACCUCUGCAACGGCAGCAUGGGUCUACAACCUUCCUCCUGUCUUCCUAUGGCCUCUUCCUCUGGGUAUUGUUCUCCUGGUAGCAGUUUGAAUCGCGGGGCGGUUUGUGGAAUCUCUCGGGGAAGCGGGCUGGGAAGGGGACUGGUCCUGCCGGCGGCGCCUCAACUCGCCGCCUGUUCUCCGGACGGCCGCUACCGUCCUCAUCCUCAUCCCCACCAUCAACUCUGGGCGAGAGAGAGGUGGUUCUCCACCUCCCUGGAUGUAGGUGCGGCUUCGCACGGGAGUCUAGUUGCCGAGGAGAAGACGUACGCCCGAGAUGUGCUCGAGUAUAACGAGGUGCUGUUCAAACUGUCCCGAUCCAAGCGGGCCUAUCUGAUGAGAGACGUUUACGAAGACAUGUUGAUGGAUGGCAUUCGUCCCAAUCGCGACACCUUUCAUCUGCUGAUCCCGGCUUGCAUGAAGGCGCAUCGUCUCCAGGACGUGAUGUACUUCUUCAGCGAGAUGAAGUCCAGCGGUCUGAUCCCCGACCUCGUGCUCUUCAACUGCAUCAUCUCCACUUGCGGGCGGUGUUUCCAGGUCCGCCGAGCCUUCGAAGUUGCCGAGGAGAUGCAGGCCUUGGGCAUUCAACCCAAGCUGAGGACGUUCGUGGCUCUGCUGAAUGCCUGCGGCACCUCGGGGCGAGUGGAGGAGGCCUACGACGUCGUGAGGCAGAUGGCUGGUCACGGCCUCACUCUCAACAAGUACUGCUACAGCGCUCUCAUCACGGCGCACAAGAAUCGGCGGCCAGUGACUCAGGACACGUUCGUGAAGAUCUUUGAGCUUCUCGACGAGGCCAGGACGCAGAACAGGGCGAACUUGGAAGACGAUCUUGCAGAGUCCGGUGUAGGAGAGGAUUACGACGAGAUGAGUGAGGAGAUGACGUGGAUGCAGGAUGUGCCCGCCAAGAGAGGUUUGAUUACACACAGGGCGGCGGUGUACAAUGCCGCUCUGCGUGCUUUUGUCGAUCUGCGUAAUCAUGAAGCUGCAAUGAAAGUGGUGGACAGAAUCAAGGAGGACGGGCUGAAGCCCGACGCGUACGUGUUCACGCAUCUGAUUCGCUCGUACUUGAUGCAAGGGGACAUGGACAAGGCUGUGGUGACGUUCGACAAGUACAUGGCGACGGGAGGACACCCGUCGCUCGACAUUUUCAUCAUUAUGAUCGAAGGAGCCAUCCGACGAUACAAGCCGGAGUCGAUGGAGCUAGCAAAGAGACUGUUGAAGAUGAUGGAAGAGCACGGGUAUUUCUUAAACCCCAAGUUUGGGGGGCAGCUGCUCUCUCUGGCGGCGAGAGAGCAUGGCGGCGACUUCUCCACGGCCAACAUGAUAUGGGAUAUGCUAGACAGGCAGAACCGGAAACCGCACUUCAAGGCGGCUUUUGCGUACCUGCAGGGAUUGCAAAAUCGCGGCACUAAUGCCAACGAUCAGCGGUUGCUCGCGGUGAAGUCUCUGGUGUCCCCUGAUUUGAUGAGGUUACAGAGACAAGUGGUGGUAAAUGUAGGACGUGCUGGAAGCAUGGGAGUGGAAGUGGGUGGUGGGCCGCAGCGGCCGGAGAUGAGGUCCAUGGCGGGAGCUUCUGCUGCUGCUGCUGCUGCUGAGUACUCGUCUUUAGCUGGGCGUAGCGAGCGUUUUGAAUCCGCGGCCAAUGUGAACAGUGACGACGAGUGUACCCCAGAUGAAAGCGAUGAUGACAGGGCUAAUACUACUAAGAUAUUGGUAUCGGCCCGACUAUUACCGUCGUUGACGGAACGUUCAGGGGGGAAUGGCAACAUGAUGAUCCUGGUGAGGGAUCGCUCUUUGGACAUUUUAUCCAUGCUUUUACGGAAGGGCGGCAGACUGAAGGAGAAAAGUUAAGUGUGUGGCAACUGCUUCGACAGCUGUAAAAGGAUGGAAUGUUCAGCACAGCUCUUGCUCGGUUGGUUGAUUGGUCAACACACCCACCUGUAGUCCGAGCCCAAUUGCAAUGAGGCAGGCCCAAGGAAAUAACGGGCCCCAUAGAAAUAUGGGUCAGUGACAUGAUUACUUAAGUAUGAAAGUGGCAGACUGGAGUGCCUCUUGGGAGGAGGAAGGGACGGAUAUCCGUUACUAAGGUAGUGAGUAGGCUUGGGAGGAGGACUUGGGAGGAGGACUUGGGAGAUAUCUACGCCGGAUUGGCGGGGGUAGCUGUGAGAUAUCGUCGUCGGAAGACGGUGAGAGGGUAGUGAGUGUGAGCGCUCUGAAUGAGAGAGCACGGUGGAAAGGGGAUGGAUGAGAGAGCACAUAGGAACGGGACAGUGUCAAUGGGGCUAAUGGUGGGACUCAGAUGGGACAAAGAAGCGGGACACAGUGGUCAGACUGCCUGGUACAGACGCGUGUGUCGCAACUGGGGAGCUCCUGGGUCCAUGGUAGGGUCCCCUGGUAGGGCGAGCACGAGACGAACAUAUGAGCCUGUGGGAUGGAAGGGGGAUUUUGCACUGGUAAGGCCCCUUGAUCAGCAGGACUGGUGAAAGGGGGUAGUGAAAGGGGGUGGUGAAAGGGGGUGGCAUGGCAGUUGAACAGGGGAAAGGGGGUAGAGGGGGUAGAGGGGGCUAGAGGGUAUUGUAGCCCUCGUACUUCAGCUUUGUAAUAGGUCUCCUGAGAUACUUCUUCUGUAUCGGACGGUCACGAUUUGUUGUGCAUACAUUCUUUUGCUGAAUUACUGCAAUUGCUACUGUCAAUUGAAAGGCUUGAAGGCGAAGGUUCUUGAGGCUUUCGCUUCGUAGAUGGGCUUGGCUGAUGCAAUGAGUGCCCUCCCUCGUCCUGUAUCGGAAAUUGGAAUCAGGGCUUAAGGAAAACAUCUCGUAAAGCGGUGACGAUGUCAGUAGAUAAGAUAAUGCUCUGUGUUUCAGGGUAUUGCUGUAUGUUACUCCACUUCACAACUGAGCAGCCGCUCCUCUAGCUACUUUUUUCACACAGACACAGAGAGAGAGAGAGAGAGAGAGAGAGAGAGAGAGGGAGAGAGAGGAUUUGUCGUCUUUUGUUGGUGUGCGCUUUAUGUUAACUUGUAGCAUGCCGUUCUUUUCUUAUGCUUGCGUCCUGCGGGUGAAAGCAGACACGCCCGCUCCGUUGGCUGCUUCUCCCUCGUUUGCCACAUUUUCUUUGGUGCUACCCUCACACGCGCAGAGGGGAAAACUUGGAGUUUGAGAGAGAGAGAGAGAGAGAGAGAGUUCUGAGUUGCGGCGGAUUUGCAUAAUCAGUCAUUAAACGACGAGUAAUUAGUGGACAUUGUUGUCGGCUUUUCUUUGGAAAAGGCUGGCGACCUGGUUAGCUGUAGAUGGAUCGAUCCCAUCUGGACCGUCUGAUUUCCUGUCUGAUUCCCUGUCUCUGUCUCCCUUUCUCUCGUUCCCUCCUGCUCCCUCCCUUUCUUAGAUUGGAUGAAUUUGGUUUGCUAUUCAGGCCAGGGACCGGGAGGGCUUACCCUCUUAUUGAAGGUGGGAGCAGACCGACUCUCCUUUGACUUCUUCUGUCUUCACCUGUCGUAGUUUCGUAAGCUGAACUGAACUGAACUCUCAGUGAGUUCAAUUGAUCUGCAUAAUGGGAGUGGCCUCUUGGAAUAGACAAUGAACCAUCAUACAAGUU